AUGAAGUCCAUUUUCCAAGGCGCUGCAGACCUGGUCGACCUCCAAGUUCCUUUACAUUUCUCCCAACGAAGGCUGCGUGAGCAGAAUCUGUGCGUCGGGACAAAGCUUUCGGGGAGGUUAAGAUGCGUCGCAGCUGGGAGCUGUUCUCCACGAUGUGAUCCCAGCGAUAUGCGAUUUCCUGGCAGCUGGGGAUGCUACCUUCUGCGAGCUUCUCCGGGCUCGAGGGCUUGA